AUGGCGUCAUCAGCAGCAGCUUCCGAACCAGCGCCGCCCACCGUCGAGACGUCUACCGUCACCGAUGAGCAGCAGAGCGACGGCUCCAAGUUGAGAACGUUUUUGGGUAUCUUAAAGAGAUUCAUCGGCGUCUCUGACCUCGCUGCCGUUCGAUUCUCUCUUCCUUCGCAGUUGCUCGAGCCGACGCCGAAUCUCGAGUACUGGAAUUACAUCGACGCUCCCAACGCUUUCGCUGGCAUCGGCACCUCGGACGAGCCCCUUGACCGCAUGCUCGAAGUCGUCCGCUUCUGGCUCACAAAGGAUCUCAAGUACAUCAAGGGCAAGCCUUGCAAGCCAUACAACUCGGUACUCGGCGAGUUCUUCCGCUGCAACUGGGAGACCGAAGACAAUGCGCCCAGGAUCAACAGCGCCGCAUUUGGCGAGGCCAGUGCAAAAGGUGGGCUCUCCGCCCUCAAGCCAUCUUCAAAGAGUGACAAGAAUGCGUCUGCCGUUUCCCUCACUGUACCUCAGCACGGUGCGGCCACGCCAGACAAGAAGCCCCUGCGCAUCUCGUACCUGACUGAGCAGACGUCGCAUCACCCGCCCGUGAGCGCCUUCCACGUCAGCUGCCCCGAGAAGGGCAUCAGUGCCCGUGGCUUCGAUCAGAUCACGGCCAAAUUCACUGGCACCUCCGUCAAGGUGCUCCCCGGCGAGCACAACAUGGGCAUCUUCAUCACACUCGAGAAGCGUGGUGGCGAGGAGUACCAGCUCACCCACCCGCCGGCGCACCUGGGCGGUCUGCUGCGCGGCAGUCUCAGUGUGUCAGUUAGCGAGAUGGCGUACAUCAAGUGCCCGCAGACGAAGAUUAAGUGCAUCCUGCACUACUACGACGAGGGCUGGACCCGCUCCGUGAACAAAAUCGAUGGUGUCAUCUUCAGGUACGACCCCGAGAAUGACGACAAGCAUAGGGUGCAGGAUGUUCCGGACGCGGACGUUCUGGCUCGUCUGAACGGUCCCUGGAGGGAACGCGUUCUCUUCUCUCUCGGGCCCAAGCCAUUCAAAAACGUCGCCCCCGAGGACCAGCACACUAUCAUUGAUGUUGCGCCUCUCAACGUCGCUCCCAAGAUCCUUCCUCCCGAUGAGCAGCAAGCUCCCAACGAGUCUCUCCAUUUCUGGUCCGGUGUCACCAACGCGAUCCACAACAAGCAAUUCUCCCAGGCCACGAACAUCAAGCUCGAGCUCGAAGAGGCCCAGCGCGAGAAGGCUCGCGAGCGUGAGCGGGCCGGUACCACCUUCCAGCCGGUCUUCUUCGACCAUGCCACUGGCAACGGCGGCCGGCCCGAUCUCACGGACAAGGGCCGCGAGGUGCUUGAACGGGCACAAAGGGGCGAGUGGAGUCUCGAAGGUGUCAUUUGA